GCUGUUCAGCAGCCAGUUAAACCUUUAACAGAAUGCUCGACUUUUUUUUUCAUUUCUUCUUUAUUGCAGAUUUGUGUGAUUGCACAUGUAACUGCCAAAAAAAUGCCAAACCUUCACCGACAUGAAAAAGAGAAGUUCUUCGUAACUGCCGAAGGCAGGAAAGAAUCUGUACCAAGUAUACAUGAUCCCCCUACAAGAGAACUCUCUGUUGUUGUGCCUUCAUACAAUGAGGAAGAACGGUUACCUCUAAUGAUGGAUGAAGCUUUGGAUUAUCUAGAAAAAAGACAGAAACGAGAUCCUUCAUUCACUUAUGAAGUCAUAGUGGUUGAUGAUGGUAGUAAAGAUCAAACUACAAAGGUUGCAAUGAAGUACUGCAAGAAAUAUGGAAGCGACAAAGUGCGAGUGCUUUCUUUGGUAAAAAAUCGAGGGAAAGGAGGAGCAGUCAGGAUGGGUGUCUUUAGUUCUCGGGGGAGAAAAAUUCUUAUGGCUGAUGCAGAUGGAGCCACAAAGUUUGCAGAUAUUGAAAAAGUAGAAGAAGGUCUAAAAAAUCUUCAGCCGUGGCCUAACCAGAUGGCUAUUUCCUGUGGUUCUAGAGCUCAUCUGGAGAAGGACUCAAUAGCAAAG